CCAUUCUGGUGGUUUUCUAAGCUGCUUUUUGUAAGUAAUGUAUUGUGAGCAUCUUUUCGUGGCCAUAACUAUUACAUACAAAAGAAAAAAACAGGCUUCACAACAAAUACUUAAAAGGCAUUUUGACCAGAAACUAUGAGGAAGAGUUUUUUGGUUUUGUUUUUGCAAUUUUGUUUUUGUACCUCCUGUAUAAUGCUGAAAUUUGUAAUUCUGCAGUAAAUAUUAACAUUUUCUGAGGAUCUGCUGAAAAUGAACAUGACAAAAAAUAAGAAACUCCACUUUCCUCAUCACACAGCCUUAAUUAACAUCGCUGGCUUUGAGAUCAAGCAAACGUUGGCUUCAGUGUCCAAGUCUCUUCUUGGGGUCCCACGGCCUUGGGUCUGGCACCUCGAAGGGCUUCUGAGACGUGCCGCGACCCACGGGACCCCACGGAAGCUUUCUCCCACCGCAAGCUCCCUGGAGGCAGGGAAAGGAGCCGGGACCCGAGCCUAGCUGGCCUCGCGCUGCGGCUGCGGAGAGAAGGGCGGUGGCUCGCACGGCGCGGGCGGCUUUGCUCACUGAAGCUGGGGAGAUCCAGGUUGGCCGUCGGGGCGCGGCGGCGGGAGGGGCUGCGGGCCUGAGGGGCGGGGUGGUGGCUCCGUGUUGUUGGAUCCCUAUGGAGAUGACCCUGUCCCUGCCUCACCCCUCUCCGGAGCUGCGGCCCGAGUUGGCGCACUCGCUUUUCACUGCGCGGUUCCAAGAGGAGACAGCCGCCACUGUACCGGGCCUCAUGGCCACUUCCUAGAGGUGAUCUUAAUUGCACACCUAUUGAAAUAAACCUGUAGUUUCUAGAAGUGGAAGAAAAUCUGCUGAGACAUCAGCUGGGGAUUCUUCCUGGAGAACUCCAGCAAUGGAGAGCUUCCACACAAGAUUUAGUGCCUGGACACCUUUUAGCAACAAGUCAUUAAAUAGACAGCUCUUUCAGGAAAGAGUGGCUCUUAUAAGUCAUUGGUUUGACCUCUGGACUAACAAGCAACGUCAAGAAUUCUUAUUUGCGAUUUUUUUAAGAUGCACUAAAUCACAAUUAAGGUUUGUCCAAGACUGGUUUUCAGAAAGGAUGCAAGUGGCCAAAGUGGACUUCUCUACAGUGUUACCACGCUUCAUUUCUCUAUAUAUCUUUUCCUUUUUGAGUCCGAAAGAUUUGUGUGCCGCUGCCCAAGUCAGCUGGCCCUGGAAGUUUUUAACUGAACAGGAUUGCUUGUGGAUGCCCAAAUGCAUUAAGUUCGGAUGGUUUCUGCCCUAUACUCCAACAGAUAAUGAGUAUGGUGCUUGGAAGCGCCAUUACGUUGCUUGUGUGUCCCACUUAGACUGGCUGACACCUAGGGAGGCUGCUGCUACUUAUGGGACGCUGAAUGAACCCAAAACAGAAGAUGAGGAACUACUGGAGAGACAAAGAGAAAAGUGGCUGAGGAAAAGAAUUUGGGAGAAAAUUGCACUACGUAAGAAGGAGUUAUUCAAAGUUCGACCCCCUUGGGUGAGUGGAACUUGCUACUCUAGCAUGCUAAAGCCCGGAUGCCAACCACGCCUCUCCCAGACUGUAAGGGAGCGAGUGGGAUUACGUGAAGCUUUGGAGAAACAGCUUGUUUUGACAUCGUUAGAAACCUUGCCCAAGCGAAGCAAUAUUUCUGGAAGCCAUUCCUACCCUUUAUUAUCAAAGAAAAAUUGGCAUGGAGUUCAUAAAAAUGAUGACAGCUCUUCAUAUGCUCUCCGGCCACACUUCAUGUUAAUAUCAUCCCGGAUUCCUGCGUAUGAGAUGGUGGUGGAGAGUGUGAAGUCUGGUGUUGUUUCUGUGGUAUAUGAACACAGCGUAACCUUAGAAAGCCUGCUGUAUCUUAUAGAGAAAGCUCUGGAUGGGCAGAAGGCACAGAGCAUGGGAAUAUUUAGCGAUGGAGAUAGCAGAGAAAUCAAUUUACUCCAAGGCUAUAAAAUUGGUAUUAAAAAUUUACUAAGGCCUGAAGUGAGAGAUUUCUGGGAGAAAUUAGGAAGCUAUGUGGCCACUGAAGAAGAAGGGGGUCAUGUGGACUUCUUCGUGCCCCUUGGAGCAUCAGAGGCAGGAAUUGAAGUUCUUUCCCAGCUGUCUCAACUAACUGGCACGUUCUUUACGGCCCCCACUGGGAUUGCAACUGGCUCUUACCAGCACAUUCUUAGUGAUUGGCUGGGAUCCCAAUGGGGAAAGGCCCCCUCUUCCAUCUACUUCUGCGAAUCGAAGCUACAGACGUGGUCCAGCUUCACAGACUUCCUAGAAGAAACCUUGAAAACAGUAAGGAAGCAGCUGUAUCCUCUCUUCAGGGAACUGCAGAAGAGCAUCAGUGGCAGGAUGAUAGGGCAGUUUAUGUUUGACACCAUGGGUAUGACCAACAUUCUAAACAACCAAGAGACUGUGCAAGCUCUGGCAGAUGGAUUGAUGGAGUUGUCAAAAGAAGAUUCUGACAAACCUCUGGAAUUUUUGUCAUAUUUUCUGCUGAAGAAAUGUGGUAAAAAGAUCAAAGAUUUUGAAGGAAAUGUUAUUCCAACAAAAUGUGACCCAAAGACAACAUUCAAUUUAUUCAUGAAGGAAAGAAAUGUUGUAGAAGACAAUUCUUGGGACACAAAGUCCAGGCUCAGCAAAAAUGAUUUAAAUUUUGAAGCACUGAUUAAUCUGGAGAGAAUACUCCAUAAGGACUCAGCAGAAAAGCGAGCUAGAGUUGUCAGGGAACUCUUACAGAGUGAGAGAAAAUACGUGCAGAUGCUGGAAACUGUGAGAGAUGUUUAUGUCGCACCACUGAAAGCAGCAUUGUCAUCAAACAGGGCGAUUCUGAGUGCUGCCAAUAUCCAGAUCAUUUUCUCUGAUAUUCUACAGAUUUUAAGUCUCAACAGGCAGUUUCUAGAUAACCUGAGAGACAGACUGCAGGAAUGGGGCCCAGCUCACUGUGUGGGAGAAAUAGUCACGAAGUUUGGAAGCCAGUUGAACACAUAUACCAAUUUCUUCAACAAUUACCCUGUCAUUCUGAAAACUAUUGAGAAGUGCAGAGAAAUGAUACCAGCAUUCCGAACUUUCCUGAAGAGGCAUGAUAAGACCAUUGUUACCAAAAUGCUGAGCCUGCCGGAGCUGCUGCUGUACCCAUCCCGAAGAUUUGAAGAAUACCUUAAUCUUCUCUAUGCUGUCAGGCUUCAUACCCCUGCAGAGCAUGUUGACCGUGGGGACUUGACCACUGCAAUAGACCAAAUCGAAAAAUAUAAAGGUUAUAUAGAUCAGAUGAAGCAAAACAUCAAUAUGAAGGAUCAUCUGUCAGAUAUACAGAGAAUCAUCUGGGGAUGCCCUGUAUGUAUUCUUAGGAACUUGCUGUAUCUUCUGCUCAUGAAUACAACCUCCAGUCACUGGCAAAAGGAGACCUACAGAUCCCAAGGCAGCUAGCAUUUGUGGAAUGCCUGCUACGUGCCAGGCACUGCCAUGCUCUCCCAUUUCACAUCCUUGUUAUCUGCAAGGUUGCUCUAUAAGAAGGGGACAAGUGAGCUUGUCCCUAUCCCAUAACUUUUCGGCAAUCUUUGCUCUUUUAUUGGUAUUACUGUGAUCACGAUGCCCUUUGAGGAAAGGGGCCAUGUGUUCUACUUGUUUUCUUUUCUUUUCUUUUUUUGAGAUGGAGUCUUGCACUGUCGCCCAGGCUGGAGUGCAGUGGCGCAAUCUCAGCUCACUGCAAGCUCCACUCCCGAGUUCACACCAUUCUCCUUCCCCAGCCUCCCGAGUAGCUGGGACUACAGGUGUCCACCACGCCGGGCUAAUUUUUUGUAUUUUUAGUAGAGAUGGGGUUUCACCAUGUUAGCCAGGAUAGUCUUGAUCUCCUGACCUCGUCAUCCGCCGGCCUCGGCCUCCCAGUGCUGGGAUUACAGGCGUGAGCCACCGCACCCGGCCAUGUUCUUGUUUUCUAUCUCCCUGCAUAUGGUACCUGGUGUAGGAUUCUGCACCCUGAUGGUAUCUGAAAAAGCUUUAGAAGGCCUCUGCUAGCGACCUGUUAACCUAUAGAAUUUCAUCUGGCCCCACCCUCCCUUAUCUCUUAGUUUCCCUGACUUCCUUAUAAUCACACCACACAGAUCCACUUAUGAUUCUCUAAUAUUAACCUCUUUUCACACAUUUGUGCUUUGCACAUACUCUUUCUUCUCUGAAAUUGCUUUUCUUUCCUAUUUCACUGGAUAAACUCCUAUUCAUUCUAUAAAAAUCUAGUUCAAUCAUCAUCUCCUUUGCAAAGUUUCCCCCAGCAUUUCCAGCUGUGAGCGGCUUCUUUGUAGGGAUUUUGCAUCCUGAACAUCCCUGUUACAUUUUACUGCAAUCCUUUAUUCAUGAAACUGUGAGCUCCAUCAUGUGUGAGCUAUGAUUUACUUGCUUUCUCAUGUCUGGCAUAUAGGAGGAGCUCAGGAUGUGAGUUAUGUUGAAUUAAAGUAUCAAUUGAUUAGAAAUAUUAUUUUUAUUUAGUCAAAUUGGGGAAGCAAGAUGAAGUUGUUUUGUCAUAAUUUUGGUCUGGACAUUUUGUAGGGAAAGAUAAUUGAGGUUGAUUGGACUGCAAAGACCCAAAUUCUUGAAACUCACAGAGUUUACAAAACUCUCUCUGGAUCACUGUUCACACCAAGAGCUCACCCCCAUGACUAGAUCAACAGAAAGGCUUGACUUCUUAUUCCGUACCAAUUCAUUCACUUCUUUUUCUUUUCUUUUUUUUUUUUUUUGAGAUGGAGUCUCACUCUGUUGCCCAGGCUGGAGUGCAGUGGUGCAAUCUCGGCUCACUGCAACCUCUGCCUCCAGGGUUCAAGCAAUUCUCCUACCUCAGCCUCCCAAGUAGCUAGGACUACCGGCAUGCACCACCACGCCUGGCUAAUUUUUUUGUAUUUUUAGUAGAGACAGGGUUUCACCAUAUUAGCCAGGCUGGUCUCCAACUCCUGACCUCAGGUGAUCCACCCACCUCGGCCUUCCAAAGUGCUGGGAUUACAGGCAUGAGCCACCGCGCCCAGCCUACUUCUUUUUCUUAAUAGCUACCUUCUUAUCCCUCAACCCCAACUUUGUUUUUGGUAUUAGGAAAGCACUUACAAAUAAAACUAUCAUGUCAGUAGUUUUAAAACUUUGACAAAAAUUACUAUUUUUUCCCUUAAAUAUAGUUUUGUCAAUACUGUGAUCUUUCUAAGAAAAUCUGUUUCAUAAACAGUGAAAACAUUCACUUUUUCAUACUUGAACUGUGUUUUAGUUAAUAUUUGCAUAUUCUGGGAUAUAAAAUGGUUUGCAGUAGUAAGUUUUUUUAUUUAAAAAAAUUUAUAUGUACUUCUAAUUUUGUUUUUGAUUUUAUAGACUCUAUCAGAAGUAAACAGAUAUCUGAUUAGGGUACAAGAUGUAGCCCAACUUCAUUGCUGUGAUGAAGAAAUAAGUUUCUCUUUAAGGUAAACAAUAGUUAACUAUCCUAAGGCUGUGGACACCUUCCAAGCAGGUGACUGUCUUACUCAUCCUGUAGCUCCAGCAUUCAGUACAAUGUCUGACACAGUAGGUUUGAAAUGAAUCUAUGCAUUGGACUGAAAAGUUACAGACGACUCCCUCUGAGAUAGUGUAGGGUAUUUUAUCACCAUGUUCGCAUUCCAGCCAGCUACUGGAUAGAAUGGGAGAAGUAAAUUGUCCCUGCCAGGACCACAAACUCCACAUAAGCAGCCAUUCUAAAGGUUGGUCACUUUUCUUUUUUUUUUUUUUUUUUGAGAUGGAGUCUCACUCACUGCUGCCCAGGCUGGAGUGCAGUGGCGCAACUUUGGCUCACUGCAACCUCUGCCUCCAAGCUAUUCUCCUGCGUCAGCCUCCCAAGUAGCUGAAAUUACAGGCACCCGCCACCACGCCCAGCUAAUUUUUGUCUUUUUAGUAGAGAUGGGGUUUCACCAUGUUGACCAGGUUGGUCUCAAACUCCUGAUCUCCAGUGGUCCACCUGCCUCGGCCUCCCAAAGUGCUGGGAUUACAGGCAUGAGCCACUGCACCCGGCCACUAUUCUACUUAGCUAAGCUCCAAGUGUUGUGGGAUUUUCACACCAAUGAUCUGCUCAAAUGUAAGAAAGAGAGGACCAGUUUAUUAUCCUCAGAUAGUUAUUGCAGUCAGUUUUUAAAAAUACCUUACACUAUUUAGUUUGCACGAUGCUCAGAGCAGCGUAAGAAAAAAAGAUGGAAGGAUGCUAAUUUUUAUGUUAGUAUCCCCUUUACUCCUUUAGAACAAGGAUGGGCAAACUUUUCUGUAAAGGUUCACGUAGUAAAUAUUUCAGAUUUUGCUGGCCAGAUGAUAUCUGUGGCAACUACCCAACUUUGCUAUUGUAAAACAAAAGCAGCUCUAUCAAUAACACAACACAUAACAAGUAAUACACUAUUCAUAAACAGUACAAGAUAUAAAUGAACAAACAUGACUAUGUUCCAAUUAAACUUCAUUUACAAAAACAGGUGUGGGCCAUAGUGUGGUGAUCUCUGCUUUAGAAAACUGUUCAUCAAACUAUGAAUAAAAUAGAAAUAAAAUAAAUAACAAAAUAAUAGAAUCAAAUAAAAUUCUAUUCUCAAACAUUCUUCGUUUCUUUACAUAAGUUUGAUUUUCAGUAUUAAUGACAAAGAGUGAUUCAGCAAACAGCAACCAAAGGGAGGGGAAUUAACUCCUUUAAUU